UCACGGUCUCCAGACGAUCUUAUCGUUGAAAAAGAGCGCUAUUGCCUGAUUGGAGACAGCUUAGACGAGGCCUUUGUCGAUCUUAUUGUGGGUCUGGAGCCCUUCUGGAAUCCACGCAACCCCAAGCCACCGACACCCAAGCUGCCUACGCCUACGCCCGAGGAACUGGCCGCCAUGGAGGAGGCACGAGCAGCAGCCGAAGCUGCCGCAGCUGCAGAGGCAGAAGCUGCAGCAGCCGCUGCAGGCGAACCAGGAGCAGAGGGUGAGGGUGCUGCGCCCCCAGGCGAAAAAGCACCAGAAAAGGAACCAACUCCACCCAAGGAGCCCACACCUCCACCACCACCACCGCCACCAUUCGAGUACUCGAUCGAUCUGCCCCCAGAGGGUGCCGAAGUGCCAUUUGUCAAGAACUACGAGCCACCACCACCCGGAUCUGAGCCCGAGCCAGCGCCAGCUGCUGAAGGAGAGGCUGCUCCGGCAGCUGAGGGUGCUGCUCCUCCGGCAGAGGGUGCCGCUCCCCCGGCAGAAGGUGCUGCUCCUCCUGCAGAGGGGGCUGCUCCUCCUGCUGAGGGUGCUGCUCCUCCUGCUGAGGGUGCUGCCCCACCAGCUGAAGGUGCCGCUCCUCCUGCUGACGCACCGGCUCCUGCUGCCGAGGGUGAAGCUCCACCGGCCGAGGCUGCUCCUGCCGCCGAAGCACCAGCUGCCGAAGCUGCACCAGCUGAAGCUGCCCCCGCUGAAGCAGCUCCCGCUGCUGCCGAAGGCGAGGCACCACCAGCUUAAUCCUAGCUCGACCAAUCCCAGCCAGAAACUGCUGCACAUCGCCGAAAGAAAAGAACACAACUGCUACCAAAUGCUGCCCUGCUUUUAAAAACCUAAAUUAAGCGCACGUUUUUUAAAAUGAUUUUAUUUUUAAAAUAACACGAAACGAAAUUGAAUUAAAAAUUCAGUUAAAAGCAUUGUAAAAACCAAAUGCUGCUUUAUUUUUGAGUUUUUGUGCCUUUUUUAUUUAUUUAAAAUUAACAGCUAGCACAACUUUGCCGAUUAUGCGAACUCAACUGCUGGCUUUUUUAUUUAUUUUGCCCCAAAAAGAGGUAAUUAUUAUCAGUUUUUUCGAGUGUAUAAUUUUAAGUGUGAAGGUCUCAGUUUUUGUGUUAGGUUUUCAGUGUAAUUUUAAUAAUUUCUUAUACAUUCUUUAUUAAUUUAUGUUUUUUAACUCUUGCGUUCUUUUAUGAUUUGUCAUACACCAAC